AACAUUUAUUAUGGCGUCCGUUCUUCCUCUUCCUUAUCUCCUCCAGUUCUGCUUCUACCUGUAGUUCCUCUCUUGGAGCUCGCGCCCCAUCACGAGCACUUCUCUCUCUCUCUCACAAAGUAGUAAAAGAAAAAGUGUUGCGAAAAACCAAGCAGAUCGAAAACCUUCAAGCAGUGGUCAAUUGAGGAGAGAUUAGAUUUGGAAAUUUAUGCGAGUGAGGAAUUGGGGAAAGUAAAUUUUGAGACACAAUGAAGAGAAAUCGAGAUCGAGAUCGAGAUCGAGAGCGAGACAAGGGAGAGAGUUCAUCAAUGGGGGCGGAGAAGGGGAAGAUGUGGCAAGACCACCCCGAUGAUGGGAUUUGUGGAGGAGGAGGAGGCGGAAUGGAUGAGCUGCUGGAGGUGUUGGGAUACAAGGUGAAAUCAUCGGACAUGGCUGACGUGGCGCAGAAGCUUGAGCAGCUGGAGAUGGUCAUGGGUACUGCUCCUGAUGAUGGGAUUUCUCACCUUUUGUGUGAUACUGUUCACUACAACCCCUCUGAUCUAUCUGGGUGGGUACAGAGCAUGCUCUCUGAGCUCAACAACGCUUCACCACUCGCUGCUGCUUUUGAUGUCGGUCACAACCACUCGGUCGUUGUUGACGAUUCUCUGUUGCUUCCAGGUGAUUCUUCGACUAUUACAGGUACAGGUACAGGUACAGGGACUACUACUACUACUACUACUCGGACUCCCACCACCAUUGAUUUUGCUACUCCACAGUUACAACAACAGUCUCGGAUUUACGAAGACAAUUCCGAGUACGACUUGAGUGCGAUUCCCGGUGGUGCCAUCUGUAAACACAAGGAAAAUUCGAGGAGGGAAAAUGGAAAUAAUAAACGCAUCAAAACUGUUUCCAUUAGAUCUGAUGAUCAUCAGUCGGAGAUUGGUGCUGGUGCGAGGCCGGUGGUGCUUGUGGAUUCGCAAGAGGCCGGAGUCCGACUGGUUCACACCUUGAUGGCCUGCGCGGAGGCGGUUCAGCAAGACAAUCUGAAGCUGGCGGAUGCUUUGGUGAAGCACAUAGGCUUGUUGGCGGUGUCUCAAGCAGGGGCUAUGAGGAAAGUCGCCACCUACUUCGCAGAAGCCUUGGCUCGGAGAAUUUACAAGAUCUACCCACACGAUUCCCUCGAUACCUCCGACGUCCUUCAGAUGCACUUCUACGAGACCUGUCCAUACCUCAAAUUCGCACACUUCACCGCCAAUCAAGCCAUUCUCGAAGCGUUCGCUGGAGCUACCCGAGUUCACGUCAUCGAUUUCAGCUUGAAACAGGGGAUGCAGUGGCCUGCUCUCAUGCAAGCCCUCGCAUUGCGACCCGGCGGUCCACCCGCUUUCCGUCUCACAGGAAUUGGGCCUCCCCAGCCUGAUAACACAGACUUUUUUUUGUGUUUAGGGAAGCUAGCUCAGUUGGCUGAAACCAUCGGCGUUGAAUUCGAAUUCAGAGGAUUCGUAGCGAAUAGCUUGGCCGAUCUUGAUGCUUCGAUACUUGAUAUUCGGCCCAGCGAGGUUGAGACGGUGGCUGUCAACUCAGUCUUCGAGCUCCACCGUUUGUUGGCUCGACCCGGUGCGAUUGACAAAGUUCUGUCAUCGAUUGAGGCCAUGAGGCCGAAGAUUGUGACCGUGGUGGAGCAAGAAGCGAGCCACAACGGAGCCAUUUUCACGGACCGGUUCAACGAGGCUCUGCAUUACUACUCGACGAUGUUCGACUCGUUGGAGAGCUCCGGGUUGACUCAGCCGAAAAAUAGCCAGGACGUGGUGAUGUCGGAGGUAUAUUUGGGAAGGCAGAUAUGCAACGUGGUGGCCUGCGAAGGGACGGAGAGAGUGGAGAGGCACGAGUCGCUGAGUCAAUGGAGGAAUCGGAUGAGUUCGGCGGGGUUUGAUCCGGCUCACCUGGGGUCCAACGCGUUCAGGCAGGCGAGCAUGUUGUUGGCUCUGUUUGCAGGUGGGGAUGGGUACAGGGUGGAGGAGAACAGUGGGUGUCUCUUGCUGGGUUGGCACACUCGACCCCUCAUCGCCACCUCUGCUUGGCAACUCGCUACUACCACCGAGUCCUCAACAUUGAACUCGGCUUAAUGGGCCCAUUUUGGUCAACCAGUCACCCACUCAACCCUCCUCUCCUCACCGUAUAGUGUGUGGAUGCCUCAGACUCUGAGGAGAGAGUCAAAUUUCAUCUUUUCACUUUUACCUCUCCUAGUUCGUUUUUUUUUUUUUUUUUUUUUUUUUUUUUUUUGUUUUUUUGGGUACUUCUUUAGAGUUUCAUUUUCUGUGUUUUUUUUAUUUGUAAUUUUGUAUUUUCAAGAGUGGUCAAUGACAGAUGCCAAUGUGUAUUUAUAUGACCUUCCAAUAAGACGUAUGUAUGCUUGGGUUUGACGAACUGAUUA